AUGAGUCGCCGGCGAGACUUCGUGGGCUUUUACAACAUUCACGACCGUCGGGCCAGCCAGCACACGGGCCUGUCGUCAGGGCCAAAUUGUCGUUGCCGGGGCAAGAUAAGCCGGGCAAUGUGUAAAAAAGUCACGUGCAUUGCGCCUGUUCGGCUUCCAUACGUGCCUUUUGUGCCUGUAUUUGCCUUUAUGUGCCUGUAUUCGGGUAUUUGUACACCUAUUAGCAGCUCUAUAACUGCAACCCACUCGUAUAACCUAGAAAAGAGCGCAAUGCACUGCCGUUGUGCGCAUGCGGUUGUGCAGCGACUCCCGGCUUUUGCCGUGCCUUUGGUAUCUCGAUCUUUUCCCGACGAGCCGGGUAACAUUUUCGUGAGAUUUUUCAACGGUUCUCUACAAUGGCGAUGGAAUCUGAUGUUCCUGACAACUACAUACCAGAUAACUAAUCAACAGAAACGCGUUAUAUACUACCUUCUUUUGGCCAUUUGA